CUCCCCCGGCCAGCCGCUCCUGCCAUCACACGUACGCUCCGCUUCCCCACCCAACCAACCAACCCCAGCGACGCACGAGAGCAAAGUGCUGAGCCCAGGAUCCAUGGCCGCCACCGCCGUCGCGGCGUCUCUGUCCGUGGCCCGGGGGCUCGGGAAGCCCCUCUGCGGCGCCGGCGGCAUCAGCGCGUCGUCGCUCCGCGUCGUCUCGCCCCGCAGGGCGGCCGUCGUCCGGGCGUCCGCGCGGAGCAGCCAGCCGCAGCACCCGGCCAAGGAGUGGGCGGCCGCGGCGGCCGUGGCGGCGGCGCUGGUGCUGCCGGAGGUCGCGGAGGCCGCGCAGCCCGGGAUCUCGCCCUCGCUCAAGAACUUCCUCCUCAGCAUCGUCUCCGGCGGGGUCGUGCUCGUCGCCAUCGUCGGCGCCGUCGUCGCCGUCUCCAACUUCGACCCCGUCAAGCGGGGCUGAGCUCCGCUGCAUGCCGUGACCAUCCGCUUGGGCUGGGUGUACCUGUGUACUGAGAGAGCAGUCGAUCUCUGCUCCGCGUGCUUCCCAAUGAACAGUGUCUAAUGCGUCACUCUUUUGCCCUGUAAAUCUUCGUUUCAUGCUCGUAAAAAUCUCGUAUUCAUGGAGAGCCUCCCACGCGACACAGUUCCAUAUAGGAUAGAUAAUGAUUUCGAUUUUAUUAUUGUGGGAUCAGAACUGGAGCUUAAAAAAAACAGAGCGUGCUUCUCUUGAGCUCGUUCCCAUGAAGUUGAGCACAAAGAGUCGUACUGAAUAUAGAAUUGGUGUUGCAAUUUA